AUGAUUCCUAAGCCUGACAGAAACAAGUUCUCUCCUAGAUCCACCCCUUGCAUUUUCCUUGCUUAUCCUCCUGGAAAGAAGGCUUACAAGUUAAUGCAACUUUCUGAUAAGAAAAUUAUGAUUUCUAGAGAUGUUGUCUUUCAGGAGAACAUCUUCUCAUAUUCUGAAUCAUCUUCGCAAAGCACUAUUUUUCCUAAAUGGUCUAUUUCACCACCUUCUUCUCAUAUAUUUCCUCCUUCUCCAGAUAGUGGGAUUCCUUUUCUUGGCUCCUUUGAAAUUCCUUCACCUUCACCAUCUCUUUCUUCUCCUCCUAUUAAUCAUGACAUUUCCUCUUCUCUUGCUGAUACAGUUUCACCACUUCCAUCUUUUUCACCUGUUAAUUAUGAUAUUUCAUAUUCCCCUGCUAAUACAGUUUCAUCACUUCCAUCUUCUUCACCUGUUAACAUAGUUAUUUUACCCUUAGUGCCUAGAUAUCCUACAAGGGUUCAUCAACCUCCUUCCUAUCUGAAGGAUAACCAUUCUAGUUCUUCUCAAUCAAUAUCUUCUCCAACCUUAACCUCCCUUUCCAAUAUUCCUAGAACUGUAAUUGUUGUAGCUAUAAAGAAAGGGUGGAAAAUGUACCAACUUGAUUUUAAUAAUGCUUUUUUGCAUGGAAAUUUAGACGAAGAGAUACAUAUAAGAAUACCUCAAGGCAUGGUUGCCCCUGGUUCCAACAUUGUCUGUAAGUUAAAUAAAUCCUUAUAUGGUUUGAAACAAGCUUUUAGGCAGUGGUACUCAAAAUUAAGUGAUUCUCUUGUGUCUAUGGGUUAUGAGAUUUUCAAAAAUGACUACUCUUUGUUUUUAAAGUCUGUUGGUACUUCUUUCACUGAUGUGGCUGUGUAUACUGACGAUAUUCUCUUGAGACUGGAGAUCCUGGCUGAACCUGGAGGUGUGAUUAUUUGCCAGAGAAAAUUUGCUACUGACCUUUUGUCUGAAUUUUGUUAUUUGGACUGUAAACUUGUUACCAGUCCCCUGGAUGUUACUUUCAAACUUCGAGUUCAUGAAGGAGAGGCUUUAUCUGAUCCAACAUUAUACAGAAAAUUGAUAGGGAAUAUGUUAAGGGCACUUUGGGGCAAGGUCUUUUUAUGGCACCAGAUCCUUAUUUUACUCUUCAAGCCUAUUGUGACUCUAAUUGAGCUUCUUGCCCUACUUCUCGAAGUUCUAAUAUCACUCCAUGCGGCGGGUGGUUGCAGAGUUAGCUGGCUCACUCGAUUACUUCAUGAAUUGUCUGUUGUUUCUGUGGUACCUGUGCCUCUUCAUUACAACAACCAAUCUGCCAUCUAUAUAGCAAAAAAUCUUGUUUUCCAUGAACGAACUAAAUAUAUUGACUUGGAUUGCCAUUUUGUUCGUGAGAAGCUUCAUGAUGGCUUAAUUUCUCUUUCGUUUGUUCCCAACAAGCUGGAACUAGCUGACAUGUUAACAAGGCCCUUAUCUGGAGUGACUCAUCAGUUUAUUUUAAGCAAGUUGGGUGUGGCUAACCACUCUCCAACUUGA